GCUCCCCCCUCCCUGCGUCACCGGGAGGAGAGGGAGGCCAAGAAAAAAAGUUUGGAGACAGAGUUGACAUUCAAAAUGCACACUUCACUCAAGAUCAGUCCGCUAUACCAAACUAAUACUUAAAUCCAGUAAAUAUUACCAGGAAGGAGAGGGAGUUUGUUGACAUCUUUUUUGUUACAUCCACAUGACAGGUUAAUAGGUUUCUUUUUCCAGUUCUUGGCAAUGUUUCCCAGCCCCAGCAGCACGUCCACUCCCUUCUCUGUAAAGGAUAUAUUAAACUUGGAGCAGGGUCACGACGUUAUGGUGUCUCCUCUGGACGUUUCUUCUCGUAUGGACUGCUGCACCGUGCCGACAUCCUCUUCCUCCACCACCACCUCUUCCUCCUGUAUGCUGGCCCGUCUGAAGCAGGAGCCUCUCCGGGACAUGUCCGCCUCCGGCUCGCUGUUUGGAGAAGACCUCCACGAGUCCAGGGCCGGCAGAGGCAAUGCGCUCAACUUUGCGACGACUUUUUAUGGGAAAUCGCUCAUGGAGAUGGACAUAGUUAAGGAUGGAAAAUCAGACGCAUUUGAUGGGAAACGAAGAAAAGAGGAUUUCAGCCCGCCGGCCGAGCCCGUCGAGGAGAUAAAAACCGAGGAUCCGGACCGACCCAAGCCCCGGAGACGCAGGAAGCCGCGGGUCCUCUUCUCCCAGGCGCAGGUGUACGAGCUGGAGCGCCGCUUCAAGCAGCAGAGAUACCUGUCCGCCCCGGAGAGGGACCACCUCGCCGGGGUGCUCAAACUCACCCCGACCCAGGUGAAGAUCUGGUUUCAGAACAGGAGGUACAAGUGUAAGCGGCAGAGGCAGGACCAGAGCCUGGAGAUGGUGUCUCUGCCGCCGCCCAGGAGGGUGUCGGUGCCGGUGCUGGUGCGGGACGGGAAGCCCUGCCUGGCGACAGACACAGCCACCUACAACCCCUCCUACAGUAUGGGCCACAUCAACCAUUUCACUUAUAACAACUAUCCGGCUUUCAGUAACUACACCAGCCCCGGCUGCAACACAAACUAUGCGUGUAAUUAUCCCGCAGCCACAAUGCAAACUAUGCAGGGAUCCUCCAACAGCGGGAAUUACAUGAACUUUGGGGUCGGGGACUUGAAUAAUGUGCAGAGCACAUUUCCCUCUAGUAAUGGGGUGUCUUCGUUACAUGGCAUUAGGACAUGGUAGACUCAAUAUCAAAUAUUCGCGUUAUUUACUCAGUUUAACGGGAUUAUUUUGUGACAGCAUGCAUUUUUAAAUGUGUCGAGACUUUGCGGAGUUUGUGUAACUUCUCUUAUAUUUAAUUAGCCUACUUAGUUUGGUAGUUUUUCGUUUUUGUUUUCAUCAAAGAUAUUUGUCAAAAUAGUCUACACUUUUUUGUAUUUAUUUCCGUGACAUUAACAAACAGUCGUGGCAUUUAAGCAAAUAUUUUUCAAAAAUUAAUAAAUAAAAUAAAUACAAAUUUAAAAAAGAGUUGAAGCCACAGUUCUUAAAAUGCUUCCUUUAAAGCGCUUUUCUUGCCCGACCAUUUUUGAAUUUAAAAAAAAGUUCCAUCGUUAAUUUUAUUUUCUGACAAAAUGUCAAAGUGUAA